CUUAGUGAAUAAUAACAUUUUUUUUAAUCCAAGAUAAGCCCAAAGGGCAUGGCCGGACAACAACAAUAUGAAACUGACAAUAAUAAAGAACGGUAGUCCGUAUGCAACCAGAAUCCGGAUAAAAGAGUCUGUUAUGCCACGAGGUAGGCAGCUCUAUGAAAGCUCCAUGGAGCAAAAUGACACGAGACUGACACAGGGAGUGAGAAGAGAGAAAGAAGAACUUCCUUUAGAAUGGAGUCGUCUCUCAAACGGGAAGACUUCCUUUCUGAAGCAUCUUUGAUGAUCAAUUGAGCAUUUCCUCAAAAUAAAAAAUAAAAAAACAUUAUGAAUCAGUGACUAUGUAAUAGGAAUCAUUAAUACCAUGUAUAAUUUACCAAGAGCAGAUGGCCUUAACUGAUAGACUGAUGAGAUUGAUUGAAUUUCCUUCAUGUAUCUUAAUUACGACAAGAUUCCCCUGUAAUGUGGCCAACCCAAAAGGGGUCCACUAAAGUACUGGAAAUCGCUAUCCAAAGAGAUUAGCGUCAACCAGUGAGGCAUAGUCAAAAGUACAGAAUAAUGACAUUGUAUUGCAUAAAAUGUCAAUUGAUUACAUAAUUCUUACAUAACAUGCUUCACUUAAAUAUUGUGUAAUAAAUAUUGAAUUUUUGUAAUCUUUGUGUAAUGUAUUUUGCGUAAUAUUUUUAAAAUGGCAUUACUUAAUAAUAAAAAAAUCAUAUUUAUCUUUUAACCAUUUUAAUGGACAUUCAUUUUAAAACUCCAAGUUCAAGCGAGAUUUUGAUCCGAGAUCUUCGGAGCACCGCUGUAACAAAGUUCCUUGCUAGGUUCGCCUUGCCAAUGCCAACGGUGGAUUCACCGCUGGCCGGAGGAGGCCCUGACGCCUCCCACCAUGCAGAAACAGUCACUGGUCAGAGAAGACUGCCAUCCACAAUGUCUUCUCCAAACCCUAAAGGGGAUAGAGAAACACAGCAAAGCAAGAAACGAGCUAAGUCGACUACGCCCUCAAUCCACCCGGAAGAGUUGGAGGAUGUAGAGAUUUUGGAUGUCCGUGAUAAGGAGAUGGUUCGCAACGCCCUGAACAACCCAGAGAAACUAGCGUGCACCUCUGGGACGGGUGCGGCGAGACGCCUCUUUAGCUACGUCAUCAAGACAGACGUUUGGUACGUUGCAGACUCGGAUUCUGAAGACGUAGCGGAGGCCAUGAGGCAGGAUGGGAGAGAUUGAGGUUUUAUGGAGGAAGAAGGCUCGUUGUGCCCACCAAUACUCUUCACCGCAGGAAAAGAAAGAAAGUUUUGUAGAGCUUAUAGAUUAGCACUAGUGGUGAAAGUCUUGGGAAGAUCAGUGUCGUACACGGGAGUGUCCAAUCGGCUAAACGCCAUAUGGGCGAAAGCAGGAGGUAUCCAAGUAGCCUCGGCCAAAAAUGGGUACUAUCUUGUACGCUUUACGAGCGGUAUAGAUUAUGAGCGUGCAACCACCGGGGGGCCAUGGAUGAUUGGAGAGAACUAUCUCACGGUUCACAUGUGGGACAAGGAUUUCAACCCGUAUAAUCAUGAGAUCUUGUCAACUUUGGUGUGGGCUCGGUUACUCGACCUACAUGUCCAUUAUUUUCACCCAGAUGCAAUGACGAAGAUUGCGCAGCGCAUUGGGAAUCUGCUACAGGUGGACCAUGCAAUGAGCACGGGUGCUAUACUGGACUAUGCGCGAGUUUGCGUCCAAGUGGACCUUACGAAGCCGCUCUUGUCACAAUUUAAGAUACAUGGGAUAUUUCAUUCAAUAUGAGGGUUUGGAGAACAUUUGCCUACAAUGUGGAACAUAUGCGGCACGAGGCCGCUGUGCUUGUACCCCGCCGACGAAGAUGGACCAAGAGACAGUUAGCCCACCGGACCCGCAUGAGCUGGCCGAGCAGAUGGGAAAUCCACCAUCUCAAAGACCACCAGAGAAGGAGCAAGUAUACGACCAGUGGAUGAUUGCGAAGAAGAGGAGAAUGUUGACAUACCCAGAGGAGUGAACACAACAAAUGUGAUAGGAUCUAGCGGCAAUCUCAAAGGUGAUAAUUUGAGACAGAAUAAUCAGAAUACUAAAUGGCAAGAGAAGUUAGAGGGGAAACGUACGGGGAAGGAGCAUGUGAGUAAACCCACCAUGGCAAGCCAACGUCCACAGAAAGAAGCUAUCCUGACGGUCCCAUCCAGCGUUGGACUUUCCUCGGUACUCACCAUGCCACUCAUGCAUGAGGCGAAUAGAGAGCCGAGACCCCAGACUACUACAAACCCCCAGGAUCUCAUGACUACGACAGGAGAGAAGACUCAAUCAGUAGCGCAUGAGAAUAAUGAUCAUCGUUCUAGACCGCCAGAACCUAGGGAAGUGGGCAUGGAGGUCGAAGGUGAAGAGAAAUACAAAUUCUAUUCCGGUGAACAUGCGAGAGAGUCUCAGCCAUGAGGCUCCCCCAUCAUUAGUGUAAACUGGCGUCAGCCGAGUCCUACUCUACCAUGUGUCAAAUGAAGCUCAACAUUUUUG